CGUCAUCGCGCGUGCGCGGAAAUGGUCCCUCCAUCUGGAUACGUUUUCCAGCAGCGUCACUGUACGCGCGACGAAAAUCUAUAUCAAUCUAUAUAAUUAUAAAAUGGAGGAGAAGAGUCAGGCCGCGGAGCGAGACGCCAAGAAGGAUGAGGGCCACGAGAAAGACGCGCGGAACAAGAGCUCCAAGAAGAGAGAGGCUCGGAAAAAAAAGAAAGAAGCGGCGCACGCAGCUAGCGAAAACCACAACAAUAACACGGAGGAGAAAGAGAUGCCUAGCGCGUGCAAUAUCUCUAUAAAGGAUAUUCAGAUGGCAAUGGAGGUAUUCAAUAUGCAACAAAAACCUGCCAAAACUCAGGAGGAAGCAAUGCAAAAGCCUUAUCAAUUUUGGAGUACUCAGCCUGUACCAAAAAUGGAUGAAAAAAUUGUGCGUAACGAGCCAAUUGAGCCUGACAAGACAGCUAUUCGAGAGGAGCCGUAUUCGCUACCUGCCGAUUUUCAAUGGGAUACUUUGAACCUAGACGAUCCUCUGGUGUUGUCGGAACUGUACACAUUACUCUCGGAGAAUUACGUCGAGGACGACGACGCAAUGUUCAGAUUUGAUUAUCCUCCCAACUUUUUGAAAUGGGCGCUGCAGCCGCCUGGCUGGUGCAAAGAAUGGCAUUGCGGUGUGCGAGUGAGCAAGAGCGGACGUCUAGUCGGUUUUAUCUCCGCUAUUCCAGCCACUUUACGCGUCUACAAUCAUUCUCAGAAAAUGGUGGAGAUCAAUUUUCUGUGUGUGCACAAAAAGUUGAGAUCGAAGAGAGUAGCGCCUGUAUUGAUACGCGAAAUCACGAGGCGAGUGAAUCUCAAGAGCAUCUUUCAGGCUGUGUACACUGCCGGUGUCGUUUUACCAAAACCUAUCGCGACAUGCAGGUAUUGGCAUCGAUCGUUAAAUCCAAAGAAGUUAAUCGACAUCAAGUUCUCCCAUCUCACUCGCAACAUGACGAUGCAGAGGACUUUAAAGCUAUACAAACUGCCAGAGAAUACAAAAGUACCGGGUUUCAGAAAGUUGGUUUACCAAGACAUACCACAAGCGCAUAAAAUAUUGACGGAGUAUCUGGAGAAGUUCGAUCUCGCUCCGGUAUUCUCCGUCGAAGAGUUCGAACAUUGGUUUCUGCCGCAAAAUGGCAUCAUUAACAGCUUCGUUGUGGAGAAAGAAGGUAAAAUCACCGAUAUGGUGAGCUAUUACACAUUGCCGAGCUCCGUUAUGCAUCAUCAGACACACAAGACCCUCAAGGCUGCGUAUAGUUUUUACAAUGUGUCUACCACAACACCGUGGCUCGAAUUAAUGAUGGAUGCCUUAAUAUCCGCGCGCGACUUGGGUUUUGACGUGUUUAACGCACUGGAUCUCAUGGACAACAAGGAGUUUCUGGAACCCCUCAAAUUCGGUAUUGGUGAUGGCAAUCUUCAAUACUAUCUAUAUAAUUGGCGUUGUCCCAGUAUGACACCUGGCAAGAUCGGACUUGUGCUCCAGUAGACUUCUAGUUAAAAAAAAAUCGCUGUUUAGAGAGAGAGCGAGAGAGAUGACAUCUUUUGCAUGUGCGGUCUCGCGAGAGAUCAAGAAAUAACAAUUAAGUAUGAGCGAACAAGGGACAUAUAGCAGCGCAAUAAAAAUGACCCUUGUUAGCCAGGGAUAAGGGCAACCUUAAUCUUUCUUACCAAUAGGAGUAUUUAAACGUAAUUGCGGUGGUCGAAGGGAAUCUGAGACAUCUCGUAAAAUCGGCAAUCCAACGGAUAACUCGAUUCCUCGAAAAUCGCUCUUGUUUUCAUCAUUGGCGCCUCUUGAAGAUUCUAGAUUGAAUUAUACACGAUCGGGAUUACUAUAAAAAAAAAUUGUGCAUUGUACAGCGCACGUGUAUAUAUUAUUAUAUAUAUAUUUGCGUAACUCGAGCAAAUGUAGAUAAGCAUUACACAAUUAAUAGCAAUUAUGCGGGAAGCCAUCCCGUAAUUAUUUGAGAAUUUUCGAUUUUCCAUCAUGUAUAAGCCUUUAGACGCCAGAUAACUCUAUCCGUUAUUUUUCUUUCCUUCUCGGCUAAUUAGACGACUUAUGCCGGAGAGUAAGUGACAGACGAGUUGAAAAUAAAAUUUAUUGAAAAUAA